AUGCAUAACGAAUACGGUGUAACCGCCACCAGCAUCGAGCCAAAGGCUGAUGAUUCUCUCCAGAACUCGAGCAGCGAGGAUAAUCUUCAUGCGAUCAGCUCAGCGAAGAGCGGAGACGAGUCCGCUGCUGGCGAGACUGAAGGGGCUACCACGGAGAGCACCAGUGACCUGUACCUCCACAUCGCUAAGGAUGCGGCCAUCAAUCGUCACGCUGCUUCUGCUCAGGAGAAGCCCACCAGCGGUUCACGAAGAUCACGGAUUUCGUUGCCGUUCCUCUCCUCAUCACGACCAACUACUUCACUAAAGCCAUCCCCCAUGUCGACCCACUUCGAACCUGAAACACAAAGCCUGCCUCAGCGUCUCGGCAAACGGGCCUCGUUAGGACCCCACGUCCCUGGUGCUUUGACUUCCUCCACAUACUAUUCCGAAACCCCAUCUCGAGCUGGCGUCCCCGUAGAUCAAUCCUCUAAUGCCGACACGAGCGACAUUCGUUCCCAAGCUCGCUCUCGUCGUCACUCCAAUGCCAACCCAGAGACCUUACGCCCACCGACCCGUUCGUAUCAGGCCCGACUCAGACUCGCUUCAGAGAACGUCUAUGCAGAUCGGAUGCGAAUGCAAGAGCCUACUAAGACCGAGUCUACGAUUUCAACCACAGCUCCAUCCACUGUAUGGGAUGAGCUUGACGACUUGAAGUCCAGGAUAAAGAAAUUGGAGCUUACUGGCAAGAUCCCUUCUUCGUCAGCAGCGGCCAUGACCACUUCCAAUGAACGACCCAGGACAGGUUCUACCCAAGCCACGGCUUUGUCGUCUUCACCAAAAAACAAACCAUCUGGCCCCAACAACGAAACACCCUCGGCCGUUCCAGGCGUUCCAUCAACAGUCCACCCUACGCUCCAUGAGGCUCUCACAAAUGCCAGGUCCUCGGUCCGGACCGAAAUUUAUCAAAAGCUUCAGGCCACGGCUCAAGAUGCCUUGCAGCUUUCGACUAUGGUAAACCAUGAUUAUACUGGAACUUCGAACAUGACACCUCAGUCCGAGCGUAUGAUCCGCCGCCGUACUGAAUCGCUAUGUCGAAGUUUGACCGAAUUGGCCAUCGCAAUGCUGGACGAUUCGCGAGCUAACAACUCACCGACGUCUCGCCCAGGCAGCCGAGAUCCUUUUACGGGUGGCCAACUUCGUUCUCGUCGUCGAUCCGAUUCCACCGAGCACCCACCUGUGGUUUCUUCUCGCAUCGUGUCACGCCGCACUUCGCUCGCCAACAGCGCAGAGCCUUCGCCGCGGCCAGUCUCGCGAGCCAUGACCGAGGCGCCAUCUUCGUAUCGCCAAGCCACUGCUUCGCGGACGAACUUUUCUCGUGAAUAUACGAGGCAGCACCCAUUACCAGUGACUGAUGGCAUCAAGGCGGCUACGCCCCAGGCCAGCCUCGUCUCCCGUCGGACUGGGGCUGUGAAUACAACACCCACUGCCGCGUCUCCGGCGGUACAAUCUUCUCCGGUGCCUUUCACUAUCUCAAUCGAGCGCAAUCCGCCGACCGCCCUACCUCGCCCUACCACGUUCCCUGACUCGCCAGCGUCGGUGGUAAGCGAGGCAUCCCCUCGUGCUCCAGGACGCCGAACCGGCUUCGCGGCCCGCGUUUCUUCAGUCUCAUCUCGUCUCAAGGCCGCUAGAGAGCAGCGUCUUGCCAGCCUCGCCGCCGCCGGUGGUUCUGGGGCUAAUCCUGUUUAG